AUGACAAGACCAGACAUCUCUUUCAGUGUACAAACACUUAGUCAAUUUAUGCAAAAGCCUAAUAAGUCUCACAUGGAAGCAGCCCUAAGAAUUGUGAGGUAUAUCAAAAAUCAACCUGGGCAAGGCAUUCUACUCUCCAGCAUAUACAACAACACAGUGUCAGCAUAUUGUGAUGCUGAUUGGGCAGCCUGUCCAAAUUCUAGAAAAUCAAUCUCAGGUUAUUUGAUUAAACUUGGUUACUCACUAACAACAUGGAAGUCAAAAAAGCAAACCACAGUUUCAAGAAGUUCAGCUGAGGCUGAGUAUAGAAGUCUUGCUUCUACAGUAGCAGAAGUUAUUUGGGCGUGUUUGGUAUGA